AAGUAGUAUGAAGUCAUUUUGCAGAUUUGAUGAAUCAUUGAGUUUUUGAAAUUGGUCUUUUUAUCAGUGCAGGGUUCUAUAAAAGCUAGAGUGUUUCCAAGUUUAUAGUCAGUCCCCUUUUGAAUUUCGCCACUUUUGAAUUUCGCCAAUAGUGGCUUUCAAGUAUACAAUGUUCAAAUUCGAUACGUACAUUAUAGUGGCAUUCGUUGCCCUGAGUCUAAAUGCAUCCCAGGCAAAGUCCUUGAAUGCGGAUCAAGACCGCACGGGCAAAUGGUUGAACGAACUAUUCCCAUUGCUAGAUUAUGUCGGUACUCAGUAUGGAAUGUGCACUAGCAAUACCUCAGAUGCCUUAAAGGAAACUCUUUCUAAAUUGGCGGUGUUGAAAAGAAAAUUGACAGGGGUGCAGGAUCAACAUAAAGGUAAUCAGAAGUCAAUUCAAGGUCAUUCGACCGAUCAAAUUAUUGCCAGAAAAGAAGAGAAAACAUUGCUGGAGAACAUCGAAAAGAGGCUUGGAAAGAUUGAAGAUCAUAUAGCAGAAAAGAAUCAGACAAAAUUCCAACAAUGGUCCAUACUGGAAGUUGGCAAACCACAGGACUUCAGAGCAGUUCUAGAUAUGUUGGAAAAAUUUCAGACAGACAUGCAAAAAAAUAUUGGAAACCUACAACAAAUUAAUGACCAGCAGAGUGUGAAAAUAAUUAAAAAGGCUCUUAUGGGAAUGGCAAAUUUUAAAAGGAUUGGCACCCGAUACUUCUAUAUUGAGACAGAAGUUAUGCAAAAUUGGUAUACGGCUAUCGAAACGUGUCGUGAAAUGGGCGGUCUCUUAGCUUCUAUUAAAGACUACAGCGAACUUGAAGAACUUGAUAAUAAUCUUAUUAAACCAGAACACUACUGGCUGGGCAUCAAUGAUUUGAAUACAGAGGGCGAAUACGUAUCAGAGGCUACCGGAAAAAAUGCCACAUAUUUGCCCUGGAGAAGUGGUCAACCCGACAACUACAACAAGAACGAGGAUUGUGUUCAUAUUUCGUCCUUGGAAGAUCUACGGAAAUCAAUGAAUGAUCUUCCUUGCUCCGAGAAGCAUUAUUUCAUUUGCCAAUUUGGCAAUGAAAUUUAG